CUGAAGCCUUGAAGCAGAGGAGGGAGAGCCAAGGGGACAGAAGACAGAAAAAUCUGUGGGUUACAGAGGCACCUAGCAAGGAUGGGGACCGAAUGGCACAACCCCAAGCUGUCCUUGGCCCUGGUGCUUCUGACCCUGAAGGCUGGGUGGGCUCAAGAAGGGUCAGAGCCUGUCCUGCUGGAGGGGGAGUGCCUGGUGGUCUGUGAGCCAGGCCGACCUACUGCAGGAGGACCUGGGGGAGCAGCCCUGGGAGAGGCACCCCCAGGACGAGUGGCGUUUGCUGCAGUCCGAAGCCAUCACCACGAACCAGCAGGAGAAACCGGCAACGGUACCAGUGGUGCCAUCUACUUCGACCAGGUACUGGUCAAUGAGGGCGGUGGCUUCGAUCGGACCUCGGGUUGCUUCGUGGCCCCUGUCCGUGGAGUCUACAGCUUCCGAUUCCACGUGGUCAAGGUGUACAACCGCCAAACUGUCCAGGUGAGUCUGAUGCUGAACACAUGGCCGGUCAUCUCAGCCUUUGCAAAUGACCCUGAUGUGACCCGAGAGGCAGCCACAAGCUCUGUGCUGCUCCCUCUGGACCCAGGGGACCGUGUGUCCCUGCGCCUGCGUCGUGGGAAUCUUCUGGGUGGCUGGAAGUAUUCGAGCUUCUCAGGCUUCCUCAUCUUCCCACUCUGAGGACCCAAGCCUUUAAAGAGAAAUGUCUAGCAUCUUUCGCCCUUCUCUGCCCCAGAAACAAAGUAUCUUUGGAGCAAGAGAAAGGCCCCCUCCUGGCUGCCUCCUGCCCACCUCCUUGCAUGAGAUCAUAUUUAAACACCCAAGGCUAGGAGUAGAGCAGAGCAGAGCUAAGGAACCUCUAGAUGAACACUGCUCACCACUACGGCUCCUGCUGCCCUGCUGGCCUCCUGCUGCCCCUCCUGCCCGCAGCUCCAGCUUAAGGCAGGGUUUGCCAAGUGGGAAGCUUGCGCUUCUUCACAGACCCCACUCCUCCUGUUCUGCACCCCAGCUUCCUGCUCAGCGCUAUUUGGUGACAGGUGGCGCAGGUAAGCUUGACAGGCUCCCACAGGGGCCCAGAUGGACCAGCCUCAUAGUACCUGCAGGCUCCAUCCUGUGAGGAAUGCCAGCAAUGAGAGCUCUGGGCCAGCACCGUGUGAACAGAGCUGACAGCUCAACCACUAAAAGCAGUGUGGGGAAGGCCACAAGAGCAUCCGUAGCUGAAGAGGCAGGAUGGGGCCAUGUGCCUACCCUGAACAUGUAAACAUUCUGCAGGUAAAACUGGGACAGUCAGAAGGCAGGAAUCCUGCCGUCCAUCUGUGCCAGGUCCCAAUGGACUCUGGCCCUCAUCACCUGACCAGAGGCUUGGGUGAGUGUGUGUGUGUGUGUGUGUGUGUGUGUGUGUGUGUGUGUGUGUGUAUAAUCCUUGAGUGAGUGGAAACUAGAGCAGGUUUACAGACCUGGAGAGUCAAAGGCAGAGUCAAAGGUCAGGAAUGAGUCAUCAGUCAUCAGUAACCACACGUCCUCUCCCUCAGCCACCUCCUAGAACUGCCCCACCUUGGAAAUCUGAAUUUCAGUCACUCCCUACUCUUGAUCGACUUGUAGUUCCUCCAGCUGUCUCCCAGCUAAUUUCCCUGUAGUCUGGUCCCCCAUUGUUCUUCCUCUAGAUCUGCACUGUCUUACUCUGCUUCUAAGGACUCUUGUUACCUGGGAGUCCAUGACUCAUCCUCCCCCAACUACUAUCCCACCAACAUCAGAAACUCUCUUUUACCUAGUUGUCCCAAUGGUCCAGCAUGAAUGGACCUACCUAGAACAACUGGGGAGCUGUGGUUGUUAGGAUGGUGUACUUGUCCUGUUAGUGAGGGUGCAGUGUGGAACAGGGAUCACAGGACUGAAGAGAAAAUAAAUUCAGAGCUGAGUAUAACAGUCAAAGUUUGUAAAGAGCUAUAAUAUAUAGUCCUCGUGCUAAAUAAAUACCAGGACAAGUUUGU